ACUGUAAUGGUCACCCAAAAAUCUGACGAAAAAGCCUCCGUACCCGUCUAUAAAAGGGCAGUUUGCUUGAUAUUGUUAAAAGCAUACUUCUUUGCUUAUUUUCUUCUAUAUAUUUGUUCAAAUGGCUAAAUCCAAUUAUGCUCGCAAAAGCCCUCCAUCGAUGAUUUCCAUACUGCUAUUGCUUGGGCUGCUAAUUGCCACCCUAGGCCAAACAGGUGCCCAAAUUGGUGUUUGUUAUGGAAGAGUCGGGAACAACCUACCAAAGCCAUCUGAGGUUGUCGCACUCUAUAAGCAAUAUAACAUCCGAAGAAUGAGAAUCUAUUAUGCCGACCAAGAAACUCUCCAAGCCCUUCGAGGCUCCAACAUUGAGCUCAUUCUUGGCCUUCCAAAUGAUAACCUUCAAAACAUUGCUUCGAGCCAAGCCAAUGCAAAUUCUUGGGUUCAAAACAAUGUGAAAAACUUUGGUAAUGUCAAAUUCAAAUACAUUGCUGUUGGAAACGAAGUGAAGCCUUCAGAUGGAUUUGCACAAUUCCUUGUCCCUGCCAUGCAAAACAUUCAAAAUGCAAUUUCUACGGCCGGCCUCGUGAACCAAAUCAAAGUUUCCACUGCCAUUGACACCGGAGUCCUUGGAGAAUCCUUUCCUCCGUCAAAAGGCUCGUUCAAGUCUGAUUACCGGCCGCUUCUCGAUCCAAUCAUCCGCUUCUUAGUGAACAACCGAUCUCCGUUACUUGUUAACUUGUACCCCUACUUUAGUUACAUUGGCAACACCAGAGACAUUCGUCUUGAUUAUGCUCUUUUCACAGCUCCUUCACCUGUAGUGACUGAUGGCUCGCUCAGUUACCGUAAUCUUUUUGACGCCAUUUUAGAUGCCGUUUACGCAGCACUAGACAAGGCUGGCGGGGGGUCUUUGGAGAUCGUUAUAUCGGAGUCUGGUUGGCCUUCAGGUGGCGGGACAGCCACAUCUCUUGACAAUGAAAGAACUUACAUUACGAAUUUGGUUCAGCAUGUGAAGGGAGGGACUCCAAAGAAACCUGGAAAACCUAUAGAAACUUACGUAUUUGCCUUGUUUGAUGAAAAUCAGAAAAAUCCAGAAUAUGAGAAAAAUUUUGGACUCUUUCUUCCAAAUAAACAGCCCAAGUUCCAAGUGAAUUUCGGCUAAGAAUAUCACUUCUACUGCAUCCUGGAAUAAGUGCAGUUUGGUGCACAUAAUUAAGAUAACAAAUAAAGAGUUACUUGUAAUCCCGUAGACUCAAAACUAUGGUUAUUUCAAUAAGAUCAAAUGUUCUAUGGCAAA